AUGGCAGCACUUUGGAGACAUCUUUCAGAUACCUAUGACUUCAGGAGAGGGGGUCAGACAGAGGUUCUAGAGAUGGCGGUAUUCUGGACAGCACGUUUGUCGUGGACACAUUCGUAUUAUCAUUCCUCUACUGGUAUUUUGGCUGAGCUCAGAGCCACACUAGAUGGGCUUCUAUUGGCCAGAGGACUUGGGAUAUCAGCUAUUUGGAUUGAGGUAGAUUCAAUGCUGGCCAUUCACUGCAUCAUCAAAGGUGGAGGACCAUGGACGAUUCAGGGUAUUCUAAGACAGAUCAGAGACGUCAUUUGCCUUGACAGAGACACAGUUUCUCAUAUCUACAGAGAAGGUAACCAGGUUGCAGAUUCUCUUGCUUCAGAGGGUUGGGAUCACCAGCAUUACCAAGAAUAUGGACCACUUGACCUGCCCCGACAAAUUAGGGCAUUGGUGCAGAUCGACAGAUAUGGAUUGCCCAGCUUUAGAAGUUCGUAG